AUGAAUUCUGUUAAUGAAACGUUUGACGAAACUUAUUUGUAUAACUAUAUUUUCGCCAAUGAGACUUAUAAACUCCUGGCAUUCACAAUCGGAUCCAUCGGAGUCCUGGGCUUCUGCAAUAACAUCAUUGUCAUUAUUCUUUACUACAGAUUCAAGAGACUAAGAACACCAACGAAUUUGUUAAUACUGAAUAUAAGUGUCAGUGAUCUGCUGGUGUCUGUUAUUGGGAUUAAUUUCACCUUCGUCUCGUGCGUAAAGAGAGGAUGGAUCUUUAAUUCAACCACAUGUGUUUGGGAUGGAUUCAGCAACAGUUUGUUCGGUAUCGUGUCCAUCAUGACUCUUUCUGGCCUGGCUUAUGAGCGCUACAUCCGUGUGGUUCAUGCCAAGGUCGUUGACUUCCCCUGGGCCUGGAGGGCCAUCACACACAUCUGGUUGUACUCUCUGGCCUGGACUGGUGCUCCUCUCCUGGGGUGGAACCGCUACACGCUGGAAGUGCAUCAGUUAGGCUGCUCUCUCGACUGGGCUUCCAAAGAUCCCAAUGAUGCUUCCUUCAUUCUCUUCUUCCUGCUUGGAUGCUUCUUUGUCCCUGUGGGCAUCAUAGCCUACUGUUUUGGGAACAUCUUGUACACAGUGAGAAUGCUGCGCUCUAUUCAGGAUCUGCAGACCGUCCAGACAAUUAAAAUUCUGCGGUAUGAGAAGAAAGUGGCAGUUAUGUUCCUGACGAUGAUCUCCUGUUUCCUGGUGUGCUGGACACCCUAUGCUGUGGUCUCUAUGCUGGAGGCUUUUGGCAGGAAGAGUGUCGUCUCCCCCACAGUCGCCAUCAUUCCCUCUUUCUUUGCCAAAUCCAGCACUGCUUACAAUCCCGUCAUCUACGCCUUCAUGAGCCGAAAGUUUCGCAGGUGCAUGUUGCAGUUGCUGUGUUCCUGCCUUCCCAGUCUACAGCUCAGCAUUAAGGACCGCCCCAUGGCACGCAUCGAACAUCCUGUACGCCCCAUUGUAAUGUCACAGAGACAAUCUGGCCGGCCCAAAAAGAGGGUGACCUUCAGCUCGUCCUCCAUCGUAUUCAUCAUCGCUACCAAUGACACUCAUCCUCUGGACAUUACCUCCAAAUGCAGUGGUGUACCAGAAAUCAAUGCCAUUCAAGUUAGGCCGCUUUGACCCUUCUUGUGACUCUUCCAAGGUGACGUUUAAGAAUGAAGUUGAAGCCAAUUUGAGAUGACUCUAAUAUGCCGAAUAUACAGCCAUGUCCCUUUUCUCUUCUUAUAGACUGUACAUUACAAGGAUUUCUUUAUUGUUGCAGCAGUAAAGCAGCAUAAACUGACGUUUGUCUUAAUGUUCCAAAACAAGUUACUUUUCCACAACUUGUAUAAGUAAUAUUGAUUGACAAUAUAAUUUGUAACCAAUGUUGGCCCUUCAUGGAACCCACUUUGAGCUCUUAUUGAUCUCUAUUGACUUUUCUGACACUGAAAAUUCAACCUUCACCCAGUUCCGUGUGAC